AUGUAAUGCUAAGCGGGAAUAGGUCGAAGAUGAUAAUGUGAAGAUGCCAAAGAUGCCUGCCGUAUUUCUGCGUUAAAACCAUAUUGUAAACAAUGGUAUAAUAGUCAGGGACCAAUCACCAUGUAACAGAUGUGAGCUCACUACAAAAUCUAGAUCCAUCAUCACUAUGGAUACCAAGACAGGCCGUCAGCCAAGUACCUUUGCAGGGAAGGUGAAGGCGUUGUUGAUGCGUGCCUGGAGGGAGCGUUGGACAGACAUACAGUGGGGUGUACAGUUAAAGAAGGUCCUUGCCAGCACUGGAGGGGACCCAAAGGAUCUCCCAGGUCUUUUAUUUUCAGAAAUUUUAGUUCAUCAGGCAUUGGUUGGACCUAACCCAAACACUCUCAUUUUAUCAUUCCUCAAGUAUACUGUUCUAUCCCAGGUUGUCCCACCUAGUGCGGCUUUUAAUCUCAUUACCAGUUUUGAUGACCUGUCCAAACCAUUUUGUACGUUGGGUCUGAUUGAUUUAGCCGAGGCAUUUGCUUGUAAUCUGAGUUUCACCUGUAGCCUGGACAGUAGCCUGACCCUUUGUAAGUGUUUACAGAACACUCUACACUGGCUGAUGUUAUGUAUACACCAGUCAUUACAGAUGAUUAAAGAUGGCCACUCACCCCCGGAAAUCCUGACCAUCAUUGACUCUGCCAGUGUGGCCGCGCAGAAGAUUGGGGAUAAUACAACUGUACAGGCUUUACUGUAUGUGGCCAUGUCUGAGGACACAGACAAAUUUCAUGACUUUGAACAGACCAAGGUGAAUGUCCAAGGCACCCUUAGUCAGCUUCAGUCGGAUGUUGUGCCAAGUCAGACUCGCCUUAAGGUAGCAUCGGCUCUGAAGUCUCUUCUCAAGGUACAAGACCUAGCCCUGCCGACCCAGUCUGUACUGGAAGUAUCCCACCUCGCUAUUUGUCCGACAGUUAAUGGCCUAGUAUCCCUGGAGGCUAUCCUCAAUCCUACCAGUGACAUUCAGCCAUUUGUGGAGCAGUUAUGUGUCACAGAGAAACUCUUAAAAUUGAAUCGCUCCUACCUGUACUGUGAGCUGUUCCGUGCCUGUUUUAUGGGGCUAGUGGACUCAGCAGAUAGCCAAGAGGAACUCAAAUGGGCAGCAUUUACAUAUCUAAAGUUACCACAGGUGCUCCUGAAGUUUGAUCAGCAGGCUCCCGGUCAAGACUUUGGAAAGGAGCUGGAACAGGGAUUUGACCUUCUGCUUAACUCAGUCCCACUUUUAGAUCUGACUGAUGUCCGACUCAACUGUGAAGCAUUGCUACAACUCAUACAUGAGUGUAUGAAGUAUGAUCUGCUCUCCCAACCACAGAUAGAACGUCUACUAACUCGCAGGCGGAAUGAAUCUGCCAAACCAGCAAAGAAUUCACAGCCUACAACUCAGCCUAGUGCAAGUCUUAUCCUUCGGGCGGAGAGCACGGUAACAAGCAUAUUGAAGACACUGGAAGAAAAAGUCCCUUUUGACAGACCUGGUAAAGACCCUCAUACACUUGAUGCCGACUGCUCUAAGAACCAGGAUGCACUCAUGGGUGUACUUUGUCAGAUGCUGUCCGGGAAAAGCUUUGAGCUCAUCUUGGCUGCGGCAGCUGCAACUGGAGAGCUUCAGAGUUUUGCAACUAAGCUCAUUAAAAUAAAUGAGUUUGCUAAGCAGACCCAGGGUGAAGCAGGGAAGGCAGCCCAGACUCGAGUCCUGCUGUUUGAUAUCUCUUUCCUGAUGCUCUGCCAUAUUACUCAGCUCCACGGCAUAGAGAUCUUUUCACAGAUGAUAUCUGUGUCGCCGGAGUAUGCAGACUCGUUCUUCAUCCAGUGGGCCCAGCGAUGUCUGCCUGAAGAUGGUCGGUAUAAAUGUGUGGACAACUACAGUGGCACGGACCAGGCGAAGGUGGAUCUCCUCCUCAGCCAGCUUACCAGAGGUGACGAAAUCAAACAGAGUUUGACAAGAUGGCACGAAAUCUGCCUGAAUGCUCCAUUUGCCAUUCAAGAAGUGUUAUUUGCCUGGGAGCAUGGAGCUUUGGGCUCGGAUAAUGUCAAGGUGAUACUGGAGAGGUGUCAGAGCCGUAUGUGUAGUAUACCUGUGGUGAUGUCUGCCUGGCUAUGUAGUUAUAUGAACACUGUCGGAGAUGACGCCAGGGAGAAACCGUUACAGAUGCUGCAGAGACUACAAGUCAAGAUUAGCUCCCCUGACCCAGAGAUCUACUAUGCAGAGAGGUCACAUUUGAUGGGAAUCAUACUUAGGAAGAUGGUGAAUGACAUACUUCCAACCCACAUGAAGGACAUGUCAAUGCAGUUUAUCCCUCCCAAUUCUAUACCUAGCGAGGUGAUGGAGAAAUGUCUACAGGGAGUCAUGGCCAAGGGCUGGAUAGAUCUGAGAAGUGUGCAUACCCUGGAACAGCUACUCAACCUGUGUGGCUCGGACUGGUUCUGUGAUCGCGCUAUCUUGCACAUGUUGAGCAGCAGUCGACUGGAGGACCUGACUCAGGCUCUAGGCCUCCUGUUUGCAGUGUUUCACCUUGACCUUGAACAUAUUACUCUGAGCUUGUUACUCCACACUGUACCAAAGCUACUCCAGUCCGCUGACAAACAGCAGUUCCUGACUGACCCACGAGGAUAUAUCCUGGCCAAGGCCUGUGUACUGUGUAUCGUGGCCGCUCAGACUGCACGUAGUGUGGCAGGCAAGGCCUCCAUGUCCCAGAUAAGGAGAGGCUACAACAAACGCUCAAGGAAGGAGAUGGAGCUUGAGAGCCUGGAUGAACAAGAGUCUCGCCCUUUGAAGAGGAUGAAGACGAUGGAACCCCAACUGACCCUGGACUCUGAAGGAUUUAAUCUUGACUUUCUAACAGCUAAAGAUGAUGGUGAGGCAUCCCCAGUCAUAGAUACCAAGGAUCCCCUCAACAAGGCCUUAGCCAACCUAAUGCGCCUGAUGAACGCCAUUGCCCACAGUACAACCAUAAGCCCACGGACCAGCUUCAUUGUAGCGUUUAUAGAGGAGAGCAUCAAGUGUGGCGGACAGUACUCUCAGUUUAUCCUUCAGUUUAUACCUCCUCAGAUGCUGUCCCAGAUCAUGAAGAGUAUCCCGGGAGUGUUCAACAACCAGCAAAUUGUCCACAUCUGUGAUCUAUCUAACCUUACCGGUCGUAAGGUGGCUGCGAAAUGUGUCUGUCAAAACUCCAAAAUCAGACAGGAAUGAGGCUACAAUAUAUUUUGGACAAAUAUGAGACUAAAUUCUGACAAGAGUGUGGCUCCCAGCCUAUUACAGAUAAAAAAACUGGUUAAUUCGGACUGAUGCAAGACUAAAUUCUUGCCUGACAUAGUCUACAGCUGAAGUGAGACAAUAUUCAGAGCAGAGUGAAGCUACUAGCUCGUCUCACCACGAAGCCUCUGUGAGAAACCAAGGUUAUAAAUCUUCAGGCAAAUAUGUGAAAUAUGUGUACUGUAUACAGAGUGAGGCUGUUAAUAUAUAAUAUGCUAAAGUGACAGUACUUGUUCAAGUCUGAUUAUAGCUAUAAAUGAUGUAUCAAUUAAUCUCAAUCGACCAGUGGGAAGCUGUAUAAUCCUGGACAAGGGUGACAAUGUAAAAUCCCAGACCAGCGUGAGGCUACAUAAUCUCAAACCAGAGUAAAGCUGUGUAAUCUUGGAUCAGAGUGAGGCUAUUUAAUCUCAAACCAGAUUGAAGCUGUAUAAUCUUAGACCAGCUUGAGGCUGUGUAAUCUCGAGUGAGAGUGACGCUAGUAUAAUCUCGGAACGAGACUGAGAUUAUGCGAUCACGAACCACUGUACAAACUUAAAGCUCUAGCAGUGCUCUGUCGUCUGACAGUUUCAGAUUUGCUGAGACCCACUUAAGCACCUACAGCUUAGCGUCUUUUGGUAUUGAAUAUUGCAUCAUGUAGCUUGACAAGCGAGAUAUCCCUAGGUCUGCUGUGAUGAUCCUGGAACGGGAUUUAAGAAAUUUAUCAGUCUCUUAUAUUGAGCUCAUUGUAAUUUUGAAAAGCCUGUAAGUUAUAGAAAAUAUUCAUCAGAAUCUGACGUAACCUUCACGUUAUCUCAAAGCAAGCAAGACCCAGGAUUAUCCUGACUUGGACAAAUAUAUAGGAUCCUUCCUAAAGAUAAAGGAAACCUGUAGGAAUGAAAUAUGUGUCUUCGAUCCAUGUAUAGAUAAAGUACAGACCAUAUAGAAAUAUAUUCUGUUACCAGCUGGAAGAAGCGAGUACAUACAAUUAUGAAAGUGCUAUUUUAUUUGUGCAAACUUAUGUCAUGAUGGUUUGUGCACUGCAAUCUGUGUCCUAAGAGAUUCUGUCCAGAAUAAAAGACCAUCGAUCACAUGAUGGACCUCUUUAGUUUUGUAUGAUAAGCAAAAGUCAUAUGACCCCAGUUUUGUAACACUUUUGUCAUAUCAUAGAUAAAAUGAUAUGACAUUAUUGUGUUAGUGGUAAAAAACUAUGGAUAUUUCCUUUUAAAAUGUAAAACGUUCAUGUGAUAAAUAAAAUCUUACACUUGUGUCCAUGUGAUAUAUUGGAUUAUAAACUUGUUGCAUAAUUUAAUUUAGUAAUAUUCCACUGUAGGGCUCUGUAAAAAUAUGAUUUCUUUUUAUAGUAGGUUGUGAAGAAAUUGAGUCUUGUUCAUCUGGGGAUACCCUACUGAUGAAAGUGGGCAGACUAUAGGUUUCCUCUUCAUCAGUCUUGAACGAAUGUACAUAAUGCUAAAGUUUGUCAGCUCUCUUGCGGCUUCAUUCAUUGCAGGAUUUUGAUCAAACUUUACACAAUGAUGAAGGACCAUAAUAUCUCGGCACAAGUUCCAGUUUCAGGGAUUUUGGGUCAAGGUCACAGUUAGUGUUUUAAAGGGGGACUUCUAUAAGGCUAGAAUUACUGGGUCCUUUAGCAAUACCCAGUAUGUUUGUUAAUAUAUAUAUUGUACCACUUGAAUUGAAACAUUUUUUUCAGUGGUUCUCUGUUAGACAAAGCUGGAGUUAUCCUAUUGGGUGGAUAUCUCAAUGAAUUAACCUAUUUUCUCAUAUCAUGUUCAUGAUUUUUUAAAUAAAUUCAAUGUAUUAAGCAUGGCUAUUGGUGUAAUAUCCUCUGUACAAAUAAAUCAUACUGCAGGCAUAAGUAUGUUUUUAGCUCACUAGAACCAAAGAGCCUGUGAGCUUAUGCCAUGGCGCAGCAUUCAUUAUCAAUCUGUACCUUCUUCAAUCGGCCAUCGACAUUUCUUUUAAAUUGCUACAUAUCCUGAACAACUGAAUGGAUAUUGAUGAAAUUUAGUCUGGAGCAGAAUUGAGCAAAUACGAUCCAAUGUUGUAUAAUAAAGGGUGUGGCUCCCCUGGGCAAAAGGAGUGGGGCCCAAUAGGGGAACAUGAGGUAAAGCCUUUAAAUUGCUACUUAGACUGAAUGACUGAAUAAUUUUUGAUGAACUUUCCUCUGGAGCAUUAUUGGCCAAAGGAUAUCCAAUUAUGUAUAAAAUGAAGGUGUGGCUCUCCUGGGGCCUGAGGAGUGGGGCCAGAUAGGUGAAAUUAAGAUGAGUCAUUUAAAUUUCUACUAGCCCUGAAUGACUGAAUGGAUUUUAAUGGAGUCUGGUCUGAGCAUAAUGGGCAAAAGGGGAUUAGAUGUAAUAUGUGUGAGGAGUGUGACUCCCCUGAUGUGGGAGAGAGGGACCUGAUCCAGAUAAUAUAGCAAAAAACUUUUAAAAUCCUUCUUCUUUACAAAUGUCAGGAUUGGUCCACAUUUUCAUGUAUUGAAUCAAUGUUGGGAGAGGCAGCUCAAAAAGUUGGAAAGUAUUCUUAAUAUAACUUCAAUGAGAGUAUUUUGCCAUGUUUACUGAAACAUCUAGGUGAGCGAUGCAAGCCCUCUUGGGCUCUUGUCUUGUUGACUGAUGUGUCAUAUAUUGAAUGACAAAAAUAUUAUGUGUAAAAUGACAGUGUCAUUAUGAUAGAAUGUGUCAUGUCAUGGUGUUGAUAUAUAAUAUCCUUUUAAGAUCAUCAUGAAUAUUAAUGACUUAUAAAUCAAUAAAAUAUUGAUCAAAUUAU